AUGGUGCACCUAACGGAGCUGCGGAUCGUGCUGCCGUUCACAUUGGAGGAGUUCAAGCGCGGGCAGCGCUACGCCAACUGGCGCACCAACGAGGAUGCCACGGAGCCCGGCCAGGGCGGCACGCUGCUGUCAUCAACGCCCUACUACCAUGAGCAGCACGGGGAGGGCCUCUUCACGCACAGCCUCUUCCGCCUCGGCAACCGCCUCCCUGACUGGGUGAACCGGCUGGUGCCGCCAUCGGCGCUGGUGGUGGAUGAGAAGAGCUGGAUCAACUACCCCUACUUCCGCACCAUCAUCACCAUCCCCUUCUUCUCCAAGCUGCGCAUGGAGAUAGAGACCAUUCACCUGCAGGACGACGGCUCGCACCCCAACGCCUUGGGGUUGUCACCAGCAGAUCUGGCACUGCGGCGCAUUGACUGGAUGGACAUUGGCAGCGAGCCCGUGGCUAAAAGGGAUUAUAAGGCUGAGCUGGAUCCUUUAUUGGUCCGCUCCAAGCUCACAGGGUGA